AUGGGAUCAGCUCAAAUCCUCCGCACUUGUCCGACUCUGCCUCCGCCCAGCGCUCUUCAUCGACGCAGAACACGGAUGACAACAAAAUAUUGAUUAGCUUCUAACUUAAACACGUUUACGCUUUUAGAUAUUCUCAAUUACAACGGGAAAAUGUUUCGAAUGAGGGAACCGUUUGAAAGCGAGAAGCUCCAGCUGCAGGAGCUCAACCAAAGACUCAGCCACUACCUAAUGCGCUCGAAACAGUUAGAACAAGAAAACACCUGUCUGAUAAACGAAAUAAGCUCAAUCAGGCAGAACAGGUCUGGAGAAUGGGAAAGCAAGCACAUGUCCGAGCUGCGUGAAAUGAGGAGACUGGUGGAGCGUUUAUCUUACGAGAAAUGCAGAGCGGAGAUGGAGCGACAGAAGCUGCGUAACGAACUUCAGACGCUGCAGUCGAUGCGUUCAGAUGAAGCCUCGGUCAGCAAAACCAUCGGGACUGAGCUUAAAGGCUGCGAGAGGCAACUUCAGAACGCUAUUCAGGGCAACAGUGCUUUGGAGAGUCGUCUCUUUGAGCUGGAAACGGAAUACAAGUUUUUGGAAGAUGCCCACAGAAAGGAAGUGGCCCACCUGAGGGACCAGGUGCGCUCCAGAACUGUGCGCGUCGUGACUCAAACGCGUCCCGCACCUCCAGCGGUUACUAUGGAGGAGGUGCAGGAGUACGCGAACCACUUCACCGAAAACUGGCAGGGAACUUUGGAGAUGUACCGCCUGCAGGUGGAGGAAAUCGAAGAGUCGAUAAAAGCAGAUCACGCGAGGUUGGAGGAGAUUCAGAGGGAAAAGAGGGAACACGCUUCGCAGUUCAAGAGGCUGCGUGACGAGAUUGAGAAACAAACACAAGUGCAGAUGAACCUCGAGGAGCAGCUCGUAAACAUGCAAGAUCAGUUCAGAGCUGAAAUCACUCAGUAUCAGGCUAUCAUUGAGGAACUAGAGUAUGAGCGCAGAAUGCUGUCCAGCAACAUCUCAGAUAAGCUGAAGGACCAUCAGGAUCUCUUACAAGUCAAGAUGGGUCUCGCUCUGGAAGUGGCAGCAUACAGGGCGCUCUUGGAAGAAGAAGGAAGACAUGCUAAAAUGUGGUCUAAUCAGCAUUCAAGAGAAAGAAUUAUAGAUAUAAAAACGCCAGCCCAUGUUUACACUCCAAGAGUCUCUGUUAAUUCUGCAAGUCGGCCAGAUACAAGAAAAAAAGCUUUCACAGGAUAUGAUGUUAAAUAUAUGGAGCCUGUUUCCAGCAUGAGAACCUCAUCUACAUCAAGUCAGUUUCAUUCUUACGAACCCUCCAGGAUCGUGCCCAUCAGUGUAUCGAAUCGUGCCCAGCAGAGUCCUGAUUCUAGAAGGGACAUGAUUUCAUUCACCAAAGCAGCUCAGGCAGCUGCUUCCAGUACCUCAAAACCUGGAGUCUCUUCUGCAGAGAUAAAAAGAGAGGAGAUAGAUCAGAGAUUUUUGAGAAAAGAGGUCUCUCAGCACCCUUCAAAGAGCUCAGCUGAUCUUCCCCCCACUAGAAUCGAAAGUACACCAAGCUCGACCAUGUCAAAAAUAGAAAAACCAAAGCCAGUGAAUGUAAUAUCACCUACUGUGAGCUUGAGCAAGACCACCACUGAAGAAAGCCGAGAGAAAGAUGUUAAACUGAAAGAAAAGAAAAUGGAUUUCAAACUAGAUCAAGACAAAUCUGAGGUAUCAAUAAAAGAUAAAAGAGGGGAUAUAAAAGAAUCAAUAGCCAAAGAUGUGGGAGAGUCUGAACAUGUUGAGCAUAAGGUGUUUGUAGGUGAGGAGAAAAUAUUAGAUGCCGUUUCUAUGGAGGAAAUAAUUCAGAAGGUCAUGAAACCAGCUGGUUUAGAUUCUAAGGUCAGCUCAUCCCCUGACUCAAAAGUCACAUAUCAUGUGGAGAAAACAGAACAAGAGGAUGGAACCACCAAGACUCAGAUUGUCUUACAAUCGAAAGUUGAGGAGGAGCUGGACCUGUCUGAAGAUUUUGCCCUGGAGGAGCUUCUCAGCAAGGGAGUCAAGAAGGUCACCCUGGAGAACAUCAAGGGAACCCCAACGGGAGCCAUGAUUGAGAACCUGCUGAGUCUUGGCCUGCAAGGUGAAAGUUUAGAAAAUAAGUCUGUGAAUGUGGAGGUAAUCGAGGAACCGGUGGAUUCUCAGAGUGAUGAGGAGAGUGAAAUUGAAAUAGAGGAGACUGUGGAGAUUAAGUCUAAACAGCCAAGCAUCAGUCCCUCAUCAAUGUCCUUCCAAAUCGAGGAGCUAGAGAGUGACCCUAAGACCACAAAACCCUACGAGACUGAAUUUGCUAAAGCCUCGCGUUAUGGGAACAGUGGCUCUAUGCAGGUUCAGGAUGUUUCCAAAGAAGAAAGCCUACCCUACUUCUCACAUGGCCAUGACUCACAAGAAUACUUUGUCUCCACUCCUGACGAGAACCUGUCAGAGUCAGAGGAAAAAGAUAAUGAGUCGGAGGAUGGAGGAAGGUUUAAGUCAUAUAGCCAUUAUGGAGUUGUGGAUGAUCUGUCUGAUGAAAGAUAUUACCAGGAAGAUGAUCCAAAACGACCCACUGCUGAAGGUCACAGUUACAGAGACUCACCUGAUUAUGGUGACCGCUCGUUUCUGAGAGACAAUAUCCAAGACUGCAUAAUCGAAGAGGAGGUGCACGUUUCUCCCACUCUGCAACAGUCCAUAGUGGGGAUCCUGAGAGAGGAGUCAUUAGACCCCGAACAGCAGCUCAGAGGAGCAUUAGAGCAAAUCCAAGACACAGUUUCUGGAGCCCUCAAGGAAGAGCUGGCUUUUUUCACGAAGGGUAGAGAGACUCCAGAGAAUGUUUCGGUGGACAUCAAAAAAAUAGAACAAGUUGCAGACAAUGGAACCAUGACUAUUGUGGCGGAGCUCAAUGUAUCGCAGACGUUGGAGGAGUCUGGACUGCUGGAGGAAGAACAUGAUCCAUCUGAAGAGCAGAUUAUGGCGGCACUGAGCUCAUCUCAUCCAAUGCUUCAGCAGGCCAUCGGGGGAGCAGCCGGUGCAGGAUACACCAUGAAAAUUUCCAAAGAGGAGUUUGAAACGGACGAAGUGCCAUGGAUGACCACCGAUGAGGAGUUCCAACAGUGGAGCUUAACCGAUGAGUUUGGCAAGACGGAAAAGCACAUCAAGCUGGGCCCUAGUGAAAGAUCUUUUACUUUUCAGAUGGAUGUGAACAACGGCUCUUCUGCAUCAGCGAGUGAAGGAGCCGUCGAAGUGCAAAGCAGCAGCUCUUCUGAAUUCUCACAGACUCAGAUGAUUGAGCCACACCUAAAGGUCUGUCAUGAGAAAAGAGUCGCGACUGUUUAUCUUGAAAGCCCCAAAGAUGAGUAAUAGAUUAAUGACGUAAUAUUCAAUGAUAACAAAAUUAGACAGAAGAUAUCAGGUACAGUGGUCCCUCGCUAUAACACAGUUCACCUUUCGUGGCCUCGCAGUUUCGUGGAUUUUUGCAUUUUGACUUUUUUUUUUACUUUACAGCGCAACAUUUCUUCGUCCUGAUUGGCUGUAUACCACUGUCUAUCAAUCUCCUCGCAAUGAAAUUUGGACUUCUGGACAUAUUAAAGGAAGGUAGAAGUUACGCGGUUAUAAGGCGCCAUUACGGAAUGAAUGGAUUUUUAGUUCACUAGAUAAAGAAAAAAUAAAUAACAUAAGGACGACAGAAGCAAUAAGUUUCAACAAAGACGCAAAAAGGGUUGUAACUGUCAGCAACAAGACCACCGUAAAGAUGAAGUCUGCUUUAGCUUUGUGGAUCAGUGACUGCAGUUGGUUUCAUUCUAUAAUAAAGGACUUAUUUUUCCACAAAGGUUUUAACUUUGAGAAUGUUUAAACGAGAGAAAAGUGUGAAAAUGUUAAUGCCUGUCUGAGAAAAGUGCAUAAAGUGUGUAGUGA